AUGGGCAAAAUCUCAAAGCGGACCAAAACCUUCCUCAAGACAAAGAAGGCGCAGACUGCCGAGAAGCAGCGCGCGGGCAAGCGCAGCGCCACCCCGACGUCCGCCUCGCUCAAGGCCGCGAUCGCCAGCAUCGGCGGUGGCAGCAGCUCUGGCAGCGGCAAGCGCAAGUCGCGCAAGCAGCAGCCCGUCAAGAAGCAGAAUCAAGAAGCGAAUGACGACGAAGACGACGAGGAAGAGCAGACAGACAAGAGCAAAGCGCUCAAAGCCCGUAAAAAGCUCGAGUCGCUUAACGUCGACGAGUUCAUGAACGCCAUGCAAGAUCUGUCCGACGACGGCGAGGACGACGAGGAUGACGACGAGGACGACGACGAUCUUGCCGCCGCCAUGAUGGAGGAUUCCGACGACGAAAACGUCGAGCUCGAUGAUGACGAAGAAGCGGAAGAAGACGAAGACGAAGACGAGGAGGACUUUGAUGAUGAAGAGGACGAUGACGAGGCUGACGAGGACGACGAUGCUCCCGUCUCCAAGAAGGGAACGCACCCUGCCGUCGCAGCCUCCAAGAAGCAGACCGCCAUGCUCGAAUCCGAAGUGGACGCCCACCGCAGCCAGCUUGAGCGCCUCAAGAAGAAGGACCCCGAGUUUUACGAGUUCCUCCGCAACAACGACAAGAAGCUGCUCGCAUUCGGCGAAACUGACGAAGAUUUGGCAGCUGAUCUCGGCGACGACGACGAAGAGCUCGACGAGGACGACAUGGGCGACGCUGACCUGAUUGCGGAUCACGACGACGACGACGAGGAUGGAAGUGACAUGGACAAUGCCACCGCCAAGUCGUUUAAGGCUCGCAAGGAAGCACAAAAGCUCACCAUUGAUCGCAUCAACGGCUGGGCACAAGUAUUGGCGCAGAAACACUCCCUCAAGGCUCUCCGCCACGUUGUCGUGUCGUUCCGCAUCGCAUGUCACAUGAACGACGGUGUCAACGACGCCACCCCCGAGUCCGAGAAGCGUGCCAAGAAUCCCGCCCGCGAAUUUGCCAUGUACCGCAUUGAUUCACCCGCCGUGUACAACGCCGCCAUCGCCGUGGCCCUUAAGCAGGGUGUUGCCACGUUUAUGCACCUGCUGGGCGGUGCCUCCACCGCCGCAAUGGACACGGCCGCUGCCGGCGAGGAGGCCAGCGCACCCAAGCCCAAGCUUCUCUCGCAACACAAGAACUGGGGCAAGAUGCGUGUUCUUGUCAAGUCCUUCACUUCGAACGCGCUGCAUCUGCUGCGCCAGCUGACAGACGACAACCUGACGUCGUUCGUCUUGCAAAACCUCGAGCGCGCGACCGCUCUGUUUGCCCCCUUCCCCAAGAUUUCCCGAGCCUUGCUCAAGACGUUGCUCGACCUCUGGUCGCACGCACACGAGCAAGUUCGUGUCAUGGCCUUCCUUGGCAUUCGCCGCAUGGCUCUGAUUUGCCCUUACCCGUUCUUGGAUUUGUGCCUGAAGUCCAUCUAUCUGACCUUCGUCCGCAACAGCAGGUUCACUAAUGCCCAAUCUAUGCCCCUGAUUCAGUUUAUGCUGAACUGCGUUGUCGAGCUGUAUGGCAUUGACAUGUGGUCGACCUACCAACAUGCAUUCGUGUACAUUCGCCAACUUGCCAUCCACCUCCGUUCGGCGCUCACGUUGAAAAAGAAGGAGGCCUACCGAAACGUGUACAACUGGCAAUUCCUGCACUGCUUGACCGCCUGGACACGCGUUCUUUCCGCGUACGCCAGCACCGAGCGCCGCGCCCAGAGCGGUGGCGCAGAGAGCGUGCUUGCUCCUCUCGUCUAUCCCCUUGCCCAGAUUCUUGGCGGCACAAUCCGCCUCAUCCCAACGGCGCGCUACUUCCCUCUCCGUUUCCACUGCAUUGGCAACAUGAAUGCACUGUCCGCGGCCACGGGCACCUUUAUUCCGGUUCUUCCCUACAUUGUGGAAGUCUUCGAGUCGAGCGACAUGAAGAAGCGCUUUGUCGCAUCCACCACCAAGCCCGUUGAUUUUGGCCUUCUCGUCAAGGUGGCCAAGACUUUUACGCGCUCCAAGGUGUUCCAGGACACGGUCAUGGAAAGCACGCUCUUCUUACUGCUGGAGCACGUUAGCAUCCACGCAUUUGCGAUUGGCUUCCCUGAGCUGGCGUUGCCCGCACUGAUUCAGCUCAAGCGUGUGCUCAAGCGCACCCAAAUGCCCGCCGUGCGCAAGCAGGUGAAGCAGGUUUUGGAUAAGAUUGAGGACAAUGCUCGUUUCAUCUCGUCCCGCCGUGCGACUGUCAGCUUUUCGCCCAAGGACAUUGCUCAAGUGCGCCAAUGGGAGGCGACGGAAACUGCCCGCAACCAGGCACCCGUUCGCAAGUACUUUGUGGCACUCAAGGCGACCGAAGAAUUGCGCAAGGCCAAGCUUCGCGAGCAACAGAUUGCCGAGGCUCUCAAGCUCCAGCGUAAGAACGCAGCCCAGACAUCCGACGACGACCAGGACGACGACGACGAUGAAGAUGAUGAGGACGAUGAUGAUGACUCGUCCGAUGAUGGCGAGGAUGACGACGAGGAGGACGACGACGUUGUCUUGCGCAAGCGUGACAAGCGCCGCGCUCGUGAGGAUGAUGAUGACGACCAAGACGACGACGACGACGAUGAUGCCAUGGACGAGGAUGAUGACAACGAUGACAUGGAUGCCAGCGACGACGACGAUAUGGACAUCACCGACGCCCCCAAGGCCAAGAAGUCUGGCGCAGCUGCCAACGGCAAGGCCAAGAGCCAGCCACCACAAGAGCAAAAGCUUGCCUCUGGAGCCAGCCGUAUUGUGUUUGAUGACGAUGAAUCGAACGUGCUCAAGAAGGCAGACAAGGUUUCCACAUUCAAGAGCAAGAAGUUCUUCCGAUGA